CGAGCGUUCCAGGGAGCGCAUCGUGUCGCGGGAUGUCCCUCGCGCGCGCGUUUCGAACGCGCUCCGCGACGAGUCUGGCCCGCGCCGCCGCGCACCGCGCGUCGUCGUCGUCGUUCCACAGCCAGCAGCAGCAGCGGCAGCAGCAGCAGCGGCAGCCGCGGCCGAGCGGGGGGGGCGCGCCGCCGACGCCGCAAACGCCGCCUCAGGGCGCCGCGUCGCCCGGAUUUGCCGCCAAGCCGUUCCAGGGCGUGCCUAACUUCUCCUCCGCGAGCGCGAACGCGCCGGCGUACCAGCAGCGCUUCGAACAGCGCGCGCAGCAGCAGCAGCAGCAGCAGUACGGCGGCGGCGGCGGCGGCGGCCAACAACAACAACAGCAACAGCAGCGUCCGCCGCCGCAACAGAAGCAACGCUACGCGGCGGAGCGCGGCGGGGACGCCGGCGCGCCGAAGGUGUACUGCAACUUCGCGAUUCACAAGUCGAAGACCGCGGUUCAGAUGUCCGCGAUCAAGCCGACGUUCGAGCUCCUUCCGAACGGCAGCAAGCAGAAGAAACGCGACGGCGCGAUGUUCCUCGAGUUCGCCCCCGUCGCGGCGGGCGCCGGGCAGAAGCAAUACGACUGGAGCAGGAAGCAGAGCAUCUCGUUGUCGCCUCUGGAGUUCAUGGAGUUAUCGGAAGCGCUCGCGGCUAACCGCGGGGUGAACUUCUUCCACGACCCGUGGAUGGGGACGAGCCGUCAGGGCGAGACGACGAAGUCGCUGAAGGCGGAGCCGAUGCCGGACGGCAGCGGGGGGAUCUUCUUGAACUUGACCGUCGCGUCCGGGGGGGGGAGGGUCGAAAAGUUGAACAUCGCGGUCUCGUUCCAGGAGUUUGCCGUCUUUCGAGAGCUCGCGAGAUACUUGGUUCCGCGACUCACGGGGUUCUCGGAGCAGUUCGAGGGGUGAUGCCCGCCUGCCCCGGGGGGAGGAGUGAGUGGGGGGGC